AAGUAGGCGACACUAAGAGACAGAGACAGGAGCCAGAGGAGAGAGGAGGAACCAAGGAGCCAGUCAGAGAGAAAGUGAGAGGGACGGGGAGCUGUGGGACGUUAGAUGAAAAUGGCACAACGUCUGCGUUUGUACUUUGGAUCAGGCCGCAGUAACACAGCCCCGGAGAUACUGGAAGGAGACUGUGAGGACCACGACAACGACGUGGAUACACCGCUCAGCAUGCAGCCACCUCAAGAAUCAAGGCCUUCUCAAGUGCAAACUGCACAGCGUGUCCCACCAAGGGCUUUUGGUACGCUUUCUGAGCCUUUGCUGAAACGCAGCUCCUCCAUGUUCAUACCCCAGCUAGCUGCCUACACAGACCCACGGCCCACUAAGAGCUCCUCCAUGCAAAUCUCCCUGCAGCGUUCCAAUGGAUCAGGUAAUGGAGAUUCUGUUGGCCCAGCGGACGAUAUCCCGCCACCUAGUUAUACUCCUCCAGGACCUGCGCCUGCCUAUACUGAACCACAGAUUCAAACAGAUGUUCCACUACAUCCGCCUCCUCCAUACUGCAGCCCGACUUCUUUCAACUCGCAAACGUCUCUGACAGAGCCAAACUUGUCCAAACGCAGAGUCUUCAGUAUUGGUUCAAAUGAACAUACUGUGUACAACAAAGGACAACCCGGUAUCAGUGUUGGUGGAAUUUGCAUCCAGAGGAACUCCCCUGAUGGUUCUGAUAUCCAGCAUUUCAGAAUCCUUCCUUAUGGUGGUACUGGCUGGUCCGUCCAGCAGCAGAGCUUAGACCAUUGCUCUGGUGUUAAUGGUGGAACAAAAAGAUUAGUGUUUCAGCUCCAGCAAAAUCAGGACCAGGACCACAGCCAGGGCCGGCAACAGGCUGCUGCUGCAUCACCAGAAGAAUGCACAGAUGAUGGCCAUGCCAGCAUAAGAGCUGGCCGUGCAGUGCGUUACCCUAACAUUCGACUGGAGCGAAGCUCAUCUUAUCAGAGGCUGCCACUGGAGAAUCAACAUCAGAAAAGUGGAGUAGAUAGCCAAGCUAUAGAGGAGACCCAAACAGACAUGGAGACACAGAGAAUGGAAGCAAGAAACAGAUCCAAUGGUUGUACUUUCAAAAUCAGUGGAGAUACUCCUCGAAGGCAGCCUCAUUUCAAGAUAUAUUUUACCUCGGGUGGAGGGGGAGAUCAGGAUGUGAACCUUUGCAAUGAUUCCACGAGGAAUAAUCCGAAGGCAUCAAUCAAGAAUGGGCUUUUCCAUCUGGUACAGACCAGAGAUGAUUUCCUUGGUCAGGUUGAUGUUCCACUCAGUCAUCUGCCGACAGAGGACCCGGCGAUGGAGCGUCCUUACACGUUUAAAGACUUCCUCCUGCGCCCCAGGAGUCACAAGUCCAGGGUGAAGGGUUACCUGCGUCUGAAGAUGGCCUAUCUGCCCAAACAAGGAGGACCCGAGGAGGAGGCCGGAGAAGUUAGGGAGGAGGCUGAGGGAUGGGAUGAGUCAGCAGACUCCGGUUCCCAGCGACCGCAACAGCUGCUGCCCCCAAUGCCCCCAGGCUGGGAAGAGAAGGUGGACAAUCUGGGACGCACCUACUAUGUCAACCACAACAAACGCAGCACACAGUGGAAACGGCCCUCAAACAUAGAGUUGAUUUCAGAAACUGAGAGUGACAAUCAACAGCGGCAGAUCAAUCAGGAAGCUCACCGUGUUUUCCGAUCGAGACGCCACAUUAGUGAAGACCUCGAGAAUGAGCACCUGGAACCCAGGGACAUGGACAAUUCCUGGGAGCUCAUCACAGAAGAAGAUCCCAGUGACAGCUCGCCCCCAUCUGUACCCGGCCCCUCCUCCAUCUUGACACCGCAGCCCCCACCAACAGCCGCCUCACAGGAGUUUUCGGAAGAUUUGAAUCUGAGGCUGUCGCUCACUCCCGAUACCAACGGGGAAGUACCAGGGCCGAGCUCUGCUCUGGGCCAGAUGUCAAGCAGACUCCGCUCCUCUAGCAUGACGGAUGGCGUCAGUGAUCAGGCCCAGGCUCCUCCUCUCAUGCAGAGUUCCCAGACCAGAAGAACAAGAGCUCAAACAGUCUCAGGUGGUGAGGAGUCUAUGUCUCCCUCGUCGACUGCUUACACCUUGACCACCCCUGGCCUGCCCCCUGGAUGGGAGGAGAGGAAGGACGCGAAGGGAAGAACUUAUUACGUGAACCAUAACAGCCGCACCACAACCUGGACUAGGCCAAUUGUGCAGCUGACUGAAGACGGACCCAGCACCUCAGCAGCAGCAGCAGGAGCAGCAGCAUCAUCCUCGGCAGCAGCAACAGCAUCAUCCUCAGCAGCAUCAGCGUCAGGGGGAGCCUCUGCCCUGCCACCCCUAUCCACCCCCUCCUCCUCCUCGUCCUCCUCCAAUAACCACCAUGAACCCCAAGUCCGACGACCUCGUAGUCUCAGCUCCCCUACCGUCACCCUUUCCACCCCCUUCGAGGGAGCCAACAAUAUCCAGGUACGGAGGGCUGUGAAGGACUCAGUCUCCAAUCCCCAGUCACCUCAACCAUCCCCCUACAGUUCCCCCAAGUCCCAGCACAAGACGCAGCAGAGCUUCCUGCCCCCAGGCUGGGAGAUGAGGAUAGCCCCCAACGCACGGCCCUUCUUCAUCGACCACAACAGCAGAGUAACCACCUGGGAGGAUCCCAGAUUGAAAUAUCCAGUACAUUUGAGGAAUAAGAACUCAAUGGAGCCUGGUGAACUUGGUCCUCUUCCUCCUGGAUGGGAAGAGAGAGUUCACGCAGACGGACGCACUUUCUACAUUGACCACAAUACCAAGAACACGCAGUGGGAGGACCCUCGCCUGCAGAGUCCAGCUAUCACAGGACCUGCUGUUCCCUACUCCAGAGAGUUCAAGCAGAAAUACGACUACUUCAGGAAGAAACUGAAGAAACCUGCGGAUAUCCCCAACCGAUUCGAGAUGAAACUGCACAGGAACAACAUCUUCGAGGAGUCGUACCGUCGCAUCAUGUCCCUGAAGAGGCCAGAUGUUCUGAAGGCCCGGCUGUGGAUCGAGUUCGAGUCGGAGAAAGGGUUGGACUACGGCGGCGUGGCCAGGGAGUGGUUCUUCCUGUUAUCUAAGGAGAUGUUCAAUCCAUACUACGGCCUGUUUGAAUACUCUGCCACGGACAACUACACUCUUCAAAUUAAUCCCAACUCUGGCUUGUGCAACGAGGAUCAUCUCUCCUACUUCAAGUUUAUAGGACGUGUGGCAGGAAUGGCUGUGUUUCAUGGAAAACUGCUAGAUGGUUUUUUCAUCCGACCAUUUUACAAGAUGAUGCUGGGAAAACAGAUCUCUCUUAAAGACAUGGAGUCUGUGGACAGUGAAUACUACAACUCUCUAAAGUGGAUUCUGGAGAAUGAUCCCACUGAGCUCGACCUGAGGUUUUGUAUUGAUGAAGACAACUUUGGACAGACUUACCAGGUCGACCUGAAGCCCAGCGGCUCAGACAUGGUGGUCACCAAUGACAACAAAAAGGAAUAUAUAGACCUGGUCAUCCAGUGGAGGUUUGUCAAUCGGGUCCAGAAGCAGAUGAACGCUUUCCUCGAGGGAUUCACUGAGCUCAUCAUAAUAGAUCUUAUCAAGAUCUUUGAUGAAAACGAACUGGAGCUGCUCAUGUGUGGUCUAGGUGAUGUCGACGUAAACGACUGGAGACAACACACUGUUUACAAGAAUGGAUACUGUCCCAACCAUCCUGUUAUACAGUGGUUCUGGAAGGUUGUUCUGUUGAUGGAUGCUGAGAAGAGAAUCCGGCUUCUCCAAUUCGUGACGGGAACAUCUCGAGUACCAAUGAACGGCUUUGCCGAGCUUUAUGGUUCUAAUGGUCCUCAGCUGUUCACCAUUGAGCAGUGGGGAACACCAGAGAAGUUGCCAAGAGCUCACACAUGUUUCAACCGCUUGGAUCUGCCAACCUACGAGUCCUUUGAGGACCUGAGAGAGAAACUCCUCAUGGCCGUGGAAAACGCGCAGGGCUUCGAGGGAGUCGACUAAACCUGACUGAAUUAAAACUACCAUCAAUAUGUCUAAGAAAUUAAAACAAGACAAAAAGCCACAGGGAUGUCAAACCAGCUGCUGGAGCAGUUCUGUGCAAGCAUGUUGAACUGUAACGCCCGACUGUGAGCCACCAACACAGCACAGCGGUUUGAGACUGUACAGCAACUUGUCGAGCCAAUAUGCCUACAUCUUUAUAUCUUUUCAGUGUGGGUUGGUCAUUCCGUAACGGUGCUGGGGGGGUGGGGGGGGGUGGGGGGGGUGAGAGCGGGAGCAUCUCACUGUGGAAUGCUGAAACCUGUUGUCAUCGGCAAGGUGUGAGCGACGAAUGACGAGACCCAGCCUCUGAUCCGCCAUGUCCUUCCCCUCUGCCCUCAUUCUGUGAAAAUCUACAGUGCUGGAAAACACUAAUGCAUUUCAAUAGCUCCUUUACAUACACUAUAGCACAGUAUCCGAGCAGCCUCCACCGGGCGGCUCCUAGCAUGGCCGUAAUCUGGCUCCUACAUGCACUAUUUCUCUAAGAAACUGCAAUGGCACUAUGAUCACUACUCUUUGUCAAAUCCUUAGACCAACACCAGACUAACCUUAGGAAUGCUAGCCAAUCACAUUUCAGGAAAUCUGCCCCACCCCCUCUCCGUAGAGCCGCGUUUAAGUUGUGGGAUCAGAAAUCGCCGCUGCAGCCUUUUUGUAGAAUAAUGUUAUUUUUUCUUUUCUUUUUUUUCUUCUUUUAAACCACUGCUAAGGAUUCCUGAGUGGCGGAUGACAUAAUCCUCGAAGUUUAACAGUUUUUGUCAUUAUCUUUUUAAAAAAAAUUAAUUGUUAUAAUUCUUACAGGAAAAAUACUCUCACCGUAUUUGUACUGAUGAACAAUGUUGUUUACGAUUUUGAGAAUUCUAUAUGACAUGGUGUGAAGUGUAAAUCCGGCUCGUCUGGGGAAUGAUUAAAUCCAUAUCACUUGUUACGGUGAUUGCAAAUGUCUUGAAUACAAUGGUUUUUAAUUGUAGUGCUAUGAAAGCAGCAUGAAACUGUAUCUUGUGUUUGCUUGGACUACAUCGUAAUUUGAAAGUGUAAUCGGUCGGGGGGGAGGGGGGGGGGGGGACUAAAACCGGGGGCUUAGUUUCUCUGAGUUGUCAUGAUUAUAUCAAUAUUCUCAUGCCUGUUGCUGUUCAUAAUGCUGUAAAUUGUUCUUGGAGGGAAAAAAAACGUUCUAAGUUCUUUUCAUGAUAUAUAAAUAUAUGUAUGUAUUACCUUUAACAGAAGUAUUACUGAUCAACAACUCUAAAAUGAAGCUGCGUGUGAGCGCGGGUGUCUGAGAGAAAAGCUGUGAUUGCCACUGAAUAUAAAUGCAGCACGUUUCUUACAAAGAAAAAACAAUGUUUUUUUUUCUUUUUUAUGUUUUUGUUCUUCUCUCCUUUUUCUAACACCAUUGAACCUAAAGGGCACUUUAAAGAUCACUCUGAGGUCAUGUCGCCUGCCGUGUGUCUCGUCAUUAACUUGAAUGUGAUUCUUUUUUGUUUUUCAUUCAGAGCACGUACCUGGUGCAAUAUUAAUAGUCUUUAAAUCUGGGAUGCUGCUAGGGUCUGAAAAAAAUUGUCGGGAGUGAAGAGGAAAACUUCACGUCCUUCCGUAUUUUCUAAUUUAUCUCUUCUUCUUUUUCCUCGACCUUUCCCCCGUUUGUGUUUCCUCCCUCCUGCCUGUGACCCCACCAUUCUUCCACCAUUUUUUUUUAUAAAUGACACAAAAUAUCACUUUUGAUGAAGAUUCCACCACUUUCUGCAAGUCUAUGUGGUUCAUUUAACUUCAGUCAAAUAAAAAUGAAAAAUAUCUGAA